AUCGUUUUCUUCAUGGAAUGUUCUACUUUUGUCGGCAAGUACAAAAAUUUGAAUGUAGUAUCCGCUUAUUGAGACAAACGUGUAUCAGCCAAAGAUAUGGAUAAUCAAGAUAGCGACCAAAUAUCGGUUUUGGCGUCGCUGUAUACAUUUGUGUAUGAGCGGGGAAGGACAUCUACGAUACAGUAUUUGUUGCAUUUAGUUGUUAGAAGCUACAAUGGGUGUUCGUGUGCUAUGUCCGGAAUUGGCCGAAAAGGCCCGAUUGGAACUCAAUGAAGAUGAAAUAAAAAUGAACAAUGCUAUACAGCAUAUCAAAGAUUGGAUAGCCAAGCAACCGCAUAUACAUGCCCGAACAGAUGACCAGUGGUUGGCAGCGUUUCUGAGAGGAUGUAAGUUCAGCUUAGAACGAGCCAAGGAAAAACUAGAUUUCCACUACACAGUACGGAACACCGCGACAGAUCUCUUUCGGAUCAAACAUAAAGAUCCUUUGUUUCAUGAAAUACUAGGCUUGGGGGCUGUCUUAAUUUUGCCGAAGUUGGCCGGCCCUGCGGAGCCGAGGGUCGCGAUAGUGAGGCCUGGAAAGUACAAUCCCAAUAAAUACACAGUGUCAGAUAUUAUAUCUGCGUCCAAUAUUUUACAAAAGAUCAUCAUAAUGGAAGAUGACAACUGCAUAGUGGCAGGAAUCAGAGCAGUGCUCGACCUGGAGGGAGUCACGUUGGGUCACUUCAUGCAAAUGACGCCAAUACAGAUGAAGAAAUUGGUUGUCUCUUUACAGGACGUCAAUCCUUUCAGGAUGAAAGGAACCCACUAUAUAAAUGUUCCGCCUGGAUUCGAAAUGUUCUUGAAUGCUAUAAAAGCACUUUUGAAUGAAAAGAGUAAAAAUCGGCUCUUUGUACACAACAGAAAUUAUGAGGAGAUAUACAAAUAUAUUCCAAAGGAAGUAUUACCAGCGGAGUACGGUGGAGAAGGCGGCACUGUAAAAGACAUUAUAGAAUACUGGGAGAAGAGAGUGGAGGGAUACAGUGAGUGGUUGGAGGAGGACCUUCAGUUCCGCAGUGACGAGGCCAAGAGGCCUGGCAGGCCCAAGACGGCGGAGUCCAUGUUUGGGUCCGACGGCUCCUUUAGGCAAUUAGAUUUUGAUUAAUAUAAUUACUUAAUAAAUUAUGCAGAUAUACCUACGACUGCACAGAAAAUAGAAGGUUGGACGAACGAGGAAAGAGAACGAUUUGAAUAAGUUGCACGGGGCUGCACGAUAUUAAUGUUACUUAUGUAGUUAAACACACAACUGUUCACAUUAAUAAAGAUUCUAUUAAAAAUCUUAAUUUUUA